GCUCCUUUAAUACGCAGCGACGGGCUGAUGACGCCAUUAGAGUUCAACAAGCAGCAAAACAAGGAAGCGCACCACUGUCCGAUGAAAGUCAAUGUUUUCUUUGUAGCACAGUAUGUCUGGCAACAACCCAGAGGGCAGGACGGUGGAGGUGCUGGAGCUUCCUGAAAACGUAGACGAGGAGCUGCUCUCCCUCUACUUCGAGAACAAGCGUCGCUCUGGAGGAGGUCCGCUCGAGUCCGUGGAGAUCAAGCAGAACCGCGCCGUGUUGUGUUUCGAAGAUGCAGAAGCUGCAGCCAGAGUUCUGUCGAAAAGGCAUCACGUAGUGCACAACUCUGAGCUGAGCGUGAGGAAGCCUCCGUCAAAGGACCAGAGCAGGCUUCUGCUGCGGGGGAUCAGUCCCUACACCAGCACCGAGAUGAUAGAGCUCUACGUGGAAAACAUGAUGGACCUGAACGUGACGGACUACGCUCUGAUCCCAUCUCCAGAAAAAGACUUCAUCCUCAUCCAUCUCAGCCAACCCUUAUCUAAAGAUUUCCAGACUCUAAAGACCAGGAUCUCCAAGAGAAACCUGGAUGGGUCAGAGGUGACUCUGGAACAGAUUGAGCAAACGGACUCAGUGUUGUUGGAGAACAUGCACCCGGGUACAUCACCAGAUCUGCUCACGUUGUACUUUGAGGGCGAGCGGGGUGGGAACCAGCGGGUGAAGGAGGUCACCAUGCUCUCUGAGGGAACGGCCAAGGUGACCUUUGCAUAUUACGAGUCUGUGGACCUCGUCCUACGUCUUCAACACAAAGUGAACGACACCGAACUCGUAGUGAAGGCCUACUUUGACUUCCUUCAACCUGUGACACAAGACUCUGUAGCUGAGAGCCAGGAUGUCACAGACACUGACUCGGUGGAAGUGGAAAAUAUGGAGAUGCAGACCAGUCCGCUCCCAGUUGACUCAGAGCCGUCGCCCCCUGCUGGGACGCCACACAGCAGUCAGGAGCCUCCUGCUGCCAGCGUGGUGGAAGUGGAAGAGGCAGUCAUGGAGGAUCAAACUGUGGAAAUAGAAACACACUCAUGCCAUAUCCCCGUCACAGACCGAAUAAAACUUGCUUGGUAUCAAAAGAACAGCAUUCAACAAGAUGUGCGAAAGGCUCAUCCGAGUUUUAGCAUCCAAAUCAAAGACGACGGCGUUCACGUUUCAGGACCGAACAAACUGGAACUAGAGCAGAUAAAACACUCGAUCUCAGGCUUUUUCGGGAGCAUAGCAGAGUCUCGUUUUACCGUCAGUCAGGAGGUGGCUCUGUUCCUCGAAAGAGAAGACGUGAAGAACCAUUUACUACAAGCGUUGACUCAAAGGGGACUGCCCGCUUUGUUUGUCGUGUCCGAUUCGACCGUGUCCGUAACCUCCCCGAGCCAAAAGGUUGCCGACCAGGCGAGUACCUUUUUAAAAUCCCAGGUGUGUGAGUUCAGCGUUCCUCUGGAGUCGGAGCAGGAGGCGCUGCUGUGCUGCAAGGAGUGGUCCGACUUCCUGCAAACACUGGGCUUCACAUCGACGAAGUCGCCGCAGCGCCCCAGCAGCAUAGACGUCCUGACCCUGAAAGGCAUGGAGAACGACAAGCAGGCCGCCAUCAUGCUGUUUCUGACCACACCCAUCGAAAGGGAGGCGCUCCUCAUCAUGGAGCCUGGCAUGCUCAAGUACGUCCAGAUUCACUGUCACCAGCUGCUGGCCGACAUGGAUCAGGUGUCCAUUUUUCCACUGGAGGGCGAAGAGAAUUGUGGGCUAAAGAUCCACGGCCAAGCGGUUGCGUGCCAAAUGGCGGAGGAAGUCCUGCAGGGCGUGGUGUCGUCAAUCUGCACCAGAAUCAUCACCGUGAACGUCCCGGGCGUGACUCGCUUUUUAGACGAGAAGGAGUGCAGGAGCAUUCUGAACGAGAUGGAGACGAAGUUUCAGGUGUUCAUCAGCCUGAAGUACGUCCCCUGGGAGCCGCUUCCACACCAGGACAUUUUUGAAAGUGCGUGUAAGAUGUUAUCUCAGAAAAACAUUCAGAAGGGGUGUGUGAACGGCUCUGCCCCUGAGCUGAAGGCAGACUCAAUGCAGACAGACUCUAAUGGAGCCACAAACACAGGUCUUCUGGAGGAGGCCAAGAGAAUCGUCUCAACCGUCGAUAAACGCCAGGAAGACGGGAUGCCCGCUCCAGACCAGUUCGAUGACAUGGAAAAUUUAGAUCUGUACACUGCCGAGGAACCGAGCGCUCUAACGGAUCAGGACUCUGAUGUGACGGACAUCCAAAGCCCCCAGCCUUUAUCUGAUCAAAAUGUGCCGAGUGCGUUUCUGCCUCAGGGAGUUCUAGGCAGCAGCCUGGAGGAAGAGGCCCAGCUCUCCUUAGCCAUCCAGUACUCUAUGGAGGCGAACCAGUGGUCCCAGCAGGAUGAAGAGGAACAACUUAAAAAAGCCUUGGAGCUCUCCAAGAAAGUAAUUCAAGAAGAACACUCCAAUAGUACUUCAGGCAACAGCCAGCAGGUAGCUCGGCAGCAAAGCGCCGGUCUGUCCUUCGAGAACGCGCUGAAGGCGGCCAACACCCUCCAGCUCCACGUGUUUGCCGGGUACAGCUGCGACCUAAUUCGGGUCGACAUCGCUUUCAACAAGAAGGUGAACCAGAGGCAGGUUGAGGAGAAGGUGGAGCACAGGACCGUCAAAAACAUGACCGAUUACCACGCAAAGUGUUUGGAGGUGAUCAAGCGGAAGCACGCGGUGGACGUUCAGGUUCAGGGAACCAUCAUUGCCGUUUCUGGGUUUAAGGAUUACGUGACCGCAGCGAUUUCUGACGUGAAGCUGCUGCUGGAGAAUAUCUCUAACGCCGUAUCGGAUAGAGAAAUCCUGAAGACUGUUCAGUGGGUUCAUCACAACCCGAUCACCUCGAAGGCAAAAGCUUACUCUACGGACGCUAUAGUAUUUAUUGAGAACGCCUGGAGGAUGAAGCUUAAGAAAGUUGACAUUUUGUUCGACAAUCAACCCCACAUUAUCAACUUUGAGAAGAUGCAGGAAUAUAACAUCGCUUCUGGGAAGUCGGUGAAAAUCUCCAGGAAGCUGCUGGAGUUGGGGGACGUGACCCAGGAUGUACCAGAGGAGGAAUAUUCUCUCCUGUCCCACCUGCCUGAUGCGACCAAAAUCGACGAAGAGUCCGAGGAGUUCCAGGAGGUGGUGAAGAAUUUCUACAGCACCAUACAGGAGUACCACAGCAAAAUCCGAAUCAUACAGGUGGAAAAACUCAUGAACCGACUGCUGUACAAUCAGUACAAGCUGAAGAAGGCGAGCGUACUGCAGCAUUCCACUCAGCCGGUAGUCGAACGGGUUCUGUACCACGGGACGAGCGAGGGGAGCGUGAAGGAGAUCUGCGUUCAUGGGUUUAACAGAAGCUUCUGCGGGAAGAACGCCACGGUUUACGGACAGGGAGUGUACUUCGCCGUCAACUCCGCUCUGUCCGUCCAGGAUCAGUACUCGCCCCCGAACCCUGAUGGAUACAAGUUUAUAUUCGCCUCCAAGGUUCUGACCGGAGACUUCACCAAAGGCUGCCACUCAAUGAAGACCGCACCACUGAAGGAGACAGGAAAUAUUCCCCUCCGAUACGACAGCGUGACCGACGACAUCACCAAGCCCACCAUGUUCGUCAUCUUCAACGACACGCAGGCGUUCCCAGAAUACCUCAUCACGUGCCAGAGAAUCUACCGCUAAGCAGAGGGUGUUUUUGUUGUUUACCGUGACUUAAGAAGUGCAUUUUAAUGUUUAAAUGGCCUUAGUUUUGGAGGUGCACAGCUUAAUCAGUGACAAUCAACCCUUUAUCAAGUCUGAAACCCGUUUUGUUUUUGCCUUCAUUGUUUCAGCGAUGUAUGAUUUAAAAAAAAAAAAAACAAGUCGCUGAAACUGAAAGACUUGUAAUAAUGCAAUGCUGGACAUGUCCUCUCUGCACACUAUGGCUUAUUAUUGUCUGAUCUUUAACGCAACCUUGCACUUAUUUCAGUCUGUUUCUAUGGGAACUGUUCAACUGACUAUGCCGACAUAGCUCACCUGAAGAAACAGGUUUCUUUAAAGCAGGGUCAUUCAUUACUCGCAUUUUGCGCUACGAACAUGAAAGUAAAACAAUGACUAUUCUGAAAAUAAAUGAACCCAAACUGAAAUCCAAGAAUGAACUUGCUUCUCUUUGUAGGAGGUCUAUUUGGGGGGAAAUGGGCUCAAUUGGUGCAGGUGUUUGAGUGUCUUAAAUACUACUUUUUAAGUAGUUUUUUUUUCUUUUCUUUUAUCUGUUUCUGCAUCUCUGAGCACAAUUCUACUGAGCAUAAAGAAAAUCCAAAAAUUGAGAUUGCAAUGUUAACCGAAUGGCUGAAAGUUUGGCUAAGGCCAAGCGCAGUCAGGAUGAAUCUUUAUCAUAAAGACACACAUUUUUGCUUUUCAGCAGUUUUACAGGGUGGGAUCUGUUCUAACUUUCUGAGCUCUUGCAUCUUUUCACUUGCGAUCUGAAAGAAUGUCUUGAUUUUAAUAAAACAAAGUCAGUCGAGCUGUGCUUUUUUUUUUUUUGUGAAAUUAGCAGUACCGUGAAUCUUCCGGUUGGCCACUUUGCAGUUCUGACUAACACUGUCGGCAUGAUUAUUACAGUGUUCAAAGUGCCUGUUUUUAACUGUUCUUGAUGAAUGCCCUGACUGCAAUUCAGAUUUUUUUUUUAUUAUUUUACAUCAGAUAUUCAGUUGUACUUUUAAAAUAUGGAAGUGAAUAUUCUUUGUUCCUGUAGAGCUCUUGAUUUUUAAUGAAAAUCUUAAAAUUUGAAACUACUAGGACUUUUUUCAGCACUGUUUGACUUUUCUUGAGCAUCUCAUUUGCAAAGGAAGUCUUAAAUAAUUGAAGAUGUUACAUUUUCAUACAGUAAUAGCUAUAAACUAUUGUCUAAUAAAGUGUAAUAAGCUAUA